AUGGAAAACACGCCUCUACCUCCGGAGUUGUUGGACAUACCGGACGUUCUUAUGGAACGUUCUGCAAGCGACGGCACGAUUGAAGAGAACUUUGAAGAGGAACUCGCGAGGGCACCAGAAGUUUAUACAGAGAUCUCUUCGCUCGACCUCGAAGAUUCGUUCGCGGAACUCAAUAGGACCGGACUUGUCGAGGUGGUCGGGGACGAUGAGGUCGGACGCCGCAUCAUAGUCGUGUCAGCCUGCAGACUACCGCCCAACAAGGAGCUGCUACAUGAUAAGUUACUAAGAUACCUCAUGUUCACCCUGGACAAAUAUGUGGAGCAAGACUAUAGUGUGGUAUACUUCCAUUGUGGACUGACCAGCAAGAACAAACCGCCACUCUCCUGGCUUUGGAGAGCGUACAAAGCUUUUGACAGGAAAUACAAGAAAAAUCUAAAAGCUUUGUACUUGGUGCACCCUACCAACUUUAUACGCAUAGUAUGGCAGAUGCUGAAGCCUGCCAUCAGCGUUAAGUUUGGCAGGAAGAUGAUGUACGUCAACUAUUUGCAUGAGCUGCAGCAGUACUUGAACCUGGACAAACUCUGCAUACCCGACGCCGUCCUUGAGUAUGACAAGCUGCUGCUGUCGAAGAACCCGAGGGCUGCCGAAUCGGCUCGUCAGAACACAGUACCGGUGGAGACGUCGCCCAUUGCGAAGUUCAAUAAGAAACCCACGAGCAGCCUCUCCCCGCCUCCGACGCAACAGUUUGGUGUGUCGCUAUCAUUCAUAAAGGAGAACAAUGCCAACAUGGUUGGAGCUAUCCCGCCAGUGGUGCGGCAGUGCGUUGAGUUCUUGUCGCAGCCUGACGCUCUGGAGACGGAAGGAAUUUUCCGUCGUUCAGCGAAUAUGUCAGUGAUCAAGGAGCUGCAGAGUGCCUGCAACAGGGGCGAGCCUCUCCACUUUCGCAAUGAUCCUCACAACGCGGCCGUCCUGCUGAAGACAUUCUUCCGGGAUCUUGAGGAACCCCUCCUGACUUUCGAUUUAUAUGAUGAGAUAAUGGACUUCCAAAACUGGUCGCCGCGUGACAAGCCGCGCAAGGUGAAGAUCUUGAUUCUGGAGCGCCUGCCCUUGGAUAACUACAUGUUGUUAAAAUACGUGUUCCAGUUCUUAUGGAAGGUGCAAGACAGGAGCUGCCUGAACAAGAUGACGACGAGCAACCUCGCCGUGGUGUUCGGCCCAAACCUCGCCUGGCCACCAAACGGACAGAUGUCACUCUUGUCCAUCGCGCCCAUCAAUAACUUCACCGACUUCCUCUUGUCACACCAGGAGUCAAUCUUCAUAAUCUAAACACUAUAAUUUUCUAUUACCUCUAAUCCCCGAGGUAAAUUCAACUCUAUUCUAAUGUAGUUAAAGUGAAUGUCUGUCAAAUGUUGAUAUAGAUAUGCCAAAUUUUUGUUAGAACGGCGUUGGAAGUAUAGAGAAUGUAUACAUUCAUUUAUGAAAUUACGGAUUUAUGGCUAGAGUCUAAAUUUGAAUCUCUUGUUUUGCUUGCGCUUGUACCACUUAUACGUGUUUCUAAUUAUUAUGUAUUUAUUGCUAUUUAAUGCUUAUUUAUUUACAUUAUAAACUUGCUCAUAGUUUGCAAUCUGAAAAGGGUUAAAUUUGUACAAAGACGCCCAAUAAUCAAGUUUGUUUGGCUAUAUAGUGUCUUCACAAGUCUUAUUGACUCUUAUGAAUAACAUGGCUGCGAAAAAGUAUAUCUCAUAUGCAAAUAAAUAUUUUUACUCGACUUGAAUUGGACCUAAAAUAUAUAAAAGGCACUAUAUGCAGGGAAUAUUACAAUUUUAUCUUCUUGUUUAACAAUAGUACUUUGAUAAUGCUUUACUAAAAGCUUCAGCAACUAAACAAUUUUAUGUACCGUAGAUGUCAUAGGUUCAUUCUCUAACCCGACCAAUCACAUUUUGUCAAAUAGUUUAGUUACAUAGAUCGGCCUUAUAAACGAGGGUUGUGUUAUAAAACUCUUUUGUAUAUCAAUACUCCACUAGUAAUAUUACUAUAAUAAAUAUCUAAUAAAAGUAAUAUCCGUUCCAAAGUCAAUUCCAUCCGCCGUAGCACACGUCCAUGCUUAUAAUGCUUUAAAAGAUCACUCGGUAAUAAAUAACAGCAUAAUUUAUAUACAGAUACUCAAAAUGAGAGUUUUUAGGAAUAUUAUAUAAUAUUUACAAGUACAUAAUUCGUUAAAACUACCUUUUUAAGUAUAAUAUAAUUCAUUUGAACCCAGAUUUGCAGUCUAUUACAUACAUACAUAACUUCACGCCUGUCUCCCGUGGAGGUAGAUAGAGACUAUGGAACUUUAUUGAUUCUCUUUUUACAAAAAUACCAUAACUAAAUUCUCAAUCUGAUUGCAAAAUACAAAGAAUUUUCUUGUUCAAUACAUCUAGAAGUUACUGUACACAUACACACCAAAGAGUUAUUCUUGUUAUUUCUCAUUAUGUCCAAUACAAAAUUCAGUGUCGUAGUAAGUUUACACUCGGAUUAAUUUAUUAUCUUAGUUUUUUUCAUCAUCAAACCUUGUCAAAAUUUCAAAACAGAUUAUUACCCUCUAAAACUUGUCGGAAAUUCCCCUAGUACUUUUACUUUGUAUCUUCAUUUCCUACAAGUACUGUUUGCACUGAAAAAAUCACUAUAGUGAUACUGUAAUGCGGAUUUAUAUAUCGAUUUGUUAAUAAUUACUAUAUAAGUAACAACUGUUAUUCUUUAUUAUAGAAUGCUUCUUAGCUUGUAGGCGCUUUUGAAUAAGAAUUAUUGCUUAUAAUUCGCACAAGUGUUAAUUCCUGCUUCUUCCAAAUCGUAAUUUGUAUAAAUAAUGUUUUUAUUAUAUAAUAAUAAUAAUCAUCAAUUCGGUAUUAUUAAUUCGCUUAGUAGAGCGAUGAAUAUUUGGUGUAAAGGUGUAUUAAAAAAUAUUAUAAUUAGAUACGACUUUCAAAAAGAUAUGAAAACAUUCCUAAGUGUUUGGCUUUAUAACAAAAAUUUUAUGAAUUGUACACAGUAAACAAUUACUGUUGUCUUGCACCGUGAUCUGAAUUCAUUCAGCAGCGGCGAAUUGAAACCACUGCAUUUAUAAACAACCAUGCCUUUUAUAUUAAUAUUCCAUAAAAUUAUCAUAAUAUAGAAUGUUAUUGUACCUGUUUGUAGUAACAGAACCUUUCCUUCAAGUCUGGAUUUUGUUACUAAACUGCACGCAUUGUAAAGGACUGAUAGAAAUUAAUGGAUCUGAUGUAAAUACAUCUAUUAUAUAAACGUAGAGCGGAAUUCUUACGGACUGCAGUUUUUAAACUAUUUUUAAUUUUGUACCAUGCCGGUAACAUGUCAACGCUUUGGACCUAAUCUAAUUAAUAAACAUCUUUGUAUGAUCAAAUGCAUAAAACCGCAAGAAAGGUAAUCAAUAUCAAAUAUUUUUGUACUAAGGACAGUGAUCGUUAUAAAAUCUAUAGUCCGUAAGAGCUCGUCAAACAUUCUACAAUAUUGUAAAAGUUUUUACAAAAUUUUGAUAAUGUUUCUUCUUUGUACUUUUAUCACGAAGUACCAUAAAUUCAUAUUAAGUACAUAUAUUGUAAACCUACCUAUGAUACGAGUAUAGUUAUGAAUAUUAACACAUAUAAUAUAUAAUUAUGUAUGGGGGAUCUUAUGGGGUAAAUUAAUAAUAGUAUCCCAUGGACGUUGUAAUUGUUAUUUCUGUACUUUAAUCAAAGCAUGUUGAUUUGGCAUAUCUGUUGAUCCUAAGAUCAUAUCGUUAUGUCCCACUACAUGUUUUACAUUAUUAUUGUUGCUUCUAUUUGUGAAAUUGACUUAUAGACUUUAUAACACAAGUGAAUUGUAAUCUGUUCAACGAGUCUUGCAAUAAUGCCGCUGGGGUUCAUCCUGUCUAUCUGUAAAUUGAUAAAUUAUCCAUGUGCGAUACUGGCCUCCAUUGUAACGGUUUAUUGUGGGUCACUACUGCACUACAAUGCAGUCGUACAUUCGCUCUUUGUGAGUAAUUUCUGCGACUUCCUGCGAUACUGUGUGACUAAACCCGCGGUACUAUCUCAACUUCUUAUACGACACUAUGUGAUUGCAAUCACAUCACACCAUGCACAAAAACACUCUCAAAUAGUAUGUCGAAUAAAUAAUGGGACGAUUCAAUAGUUAAAUGAAUUGGCUGUUUUUAAUUGUGAUCUUAGCAUUCCAAACAAAAAGUAAAAUAUAGUGUAUUUAUUACUAUCUCAAAUGUAUUAGAGCAACUAUAAACUUAUUGUUGUUACUCACAGAAGCCUAUAAUAUUAUAUCACAUGGGAUAACGUAUUUAUAUUAAAAUUAGUAACUAAGAUUGUAUACCAAAAAUAACAAAGAAUAGCAGUUAUGUAGUUAUAAGAACACAUCUCUAUUAGUUUAUUAUCAAGAUGUAAAAUAGUUGUUUAGUACCUACACUUUCUUGUUUAGUAUUUGAUUGAACUGGUUACUAAUGUAAUAUAUGGCCAGUGUACAUGUGUGCUAUGUAAACAGAUAUCUUUAUAAACACAUUUUGUAGAUAAUUUCAUAGGAAGAUGAACAUUUUGCUAAGAAAAUAUCUACAGCGCGCCUACGUAUAGUACUUGUUUCGUGAACUCUAAACGGCAUAAUUUUUCAUAUAUUUUAUCUCUAUAUUCCUGUUUUCACUGUAUCUUUAAGACGUUGAAGUUUUAUUUUGUUCUUUUUCAAGUGUUGGAGACGAAACAUGAACUUUGUAAGUUAAGGAAGAUGUGUCAUAUCCUGUAAACUCGCCGCUGGUAACGAAACUUGUGUAACGUAUAAAUAAAUAGCACCUAAUGCGUAAAGCGAGAUAUCUCUAUAUGUACAAUGGGUAUACACGUGUCGUUCCCUGAAGUUGAUUAUAUAAUCAGAGUAAUAGCGGUCUGGCGGGGAAUAAUCUUUCUAUCAAGCCAGUUAACUCGCCAAUUUAUCACUCUAGUGCAUAACUUGCAUGACAGAAUUGCCUAUAGAAUCACUUGGUAUUAUUUCAUAUUUCAAACGUUUGAUUUAUAUCUACAAUAUUUCUUGUCUUUUCUUAUCUCUAUUAUAAUUUUUUUUCUGCUAAAUUUAUGCAAUAACUUUGUUAAAGUAUACAACGUUCUUGAACAUACUCUCUUGUAUGUGUAUAGAUACUUGAUUUACGUAAUACAAAGUGUAACUAACAGUGCCAUUUGCUACGAAGUACCAUACUCUUGGUGUCACAAACAAAUUCCAUUUUUCCGAGUUAGAAUAUAGAGAUUUAUUAAUGUAAUUUUGUAAUAGACAAACGUCUAUACAAAGAUUUCCUUCAUGUUGCAAUGUUGAUUGAUAUUGCAUUUCGUUUACUCGAAAUGACGAUAGAUGGCGUUUUGUUCAAUUAACAAGAAAGUGUGUCGGCGUGUGAGUCAGACUAACCGGUUUGUCGUACACAAUUUUAAAAAUGAAAGUAAUUGCACGUCAUAAUAAUCACCACGCCAGCCUACGGUGAUUGCCAUCGCGAUAUCGCGACAUAUGAACCGUUGAACAAUAACCUUAUUGAGAUUUAGUAUUAUUUUCUGUAAGAUUUUUAUUAUAUUUAUUUUUUAUAGAUAGUUGUCGUAAUCAUGAGGAAAUUAUCUUAGUUGAAUGUACAACGAAGUUUAUUUAGCUCUUUAUUUUUUAUUUUAUGAAUUAAUAUUGUAACCGGAAAGGGUAUUUGUAAGAUUUACCUAAUUAUUAUGUAAAGGAUGAUGUUUUUAAUAA